AAGAAGGUUUGUUUUGUUUGAGAGAGUUCCUGGAGUGCGAUGUGACAAGUAAUGGAAAUGGUUCGUAUUUUUACCGUUUUAAUAAGAUAUUCAGCAUCCAUUCAACUGUUACGAAGAUCCACCAUCUAAGAGGUGAUAAUCCAGCAGAAUGUUUGGGAUGGGUAACUUCGACUUCCCCAAAUAUCGGUCAGAGUGUAACUCUGUGGCCUCCUUCUCCUCUGAUGGCUCUAAGAAGAGGAGAGGAUCAUUCAUUGAUAGCAAUGAUGAUGAUGGGGAAUCUAUUAAAAUUCCCAGAACUGCUGGGGAUUGGAAUAAAAGACAAAAUCACAGUGAAAUUGAAAAGCGCAGGCGUGAUAAAAUGAACACCUACAUAAUGGAACUCAGCAGCAUUAUACCAGUGUGUACUUCUCGCAAGCUUGACAAACUGACAGUUCUUCGGAUGGCAGUUCAGCACAUGAAGAUGUUGCGUGGCUCACUCAACUCUUACACUGAGGGUCACUAUAAACCAGCAUUUCUCUCAGAUGAUGAACUUAAAAACUUGAUAUUACAGGCAGCUGAUGGUUUCCUGUUUGUGGUGGGUUGUGAUAGAGGCCGAAUAUUGUAUGUUUCAGAAUCUGUCUACCAAACUCUUCACUACACUCAGGGUGAACUGCUUGGAACAAGUUGGUUUGACAUAUUACAUCCUAAAGAUCUAACCAAGGUGAAGGAACAGUUAUCAUGUUCCGACAUCAGUCGUCGUGAGAGACUAGUAGAUGCCAAGACCCUUCUACCUGUGAAGACUGAUGUUCCCCAAGGACUCACAAAGUUGUGUCCAGGAUCACGGCGAGCUUUUUUCUGCAGAAUGAGGUGUAAAUCUGUCCCAGUUUUGAAAGAAGAGGCAGAUUCUUCCACUGGCUGCCAGAAGAAGAAAUCAAAAUCACAAAGCUCUGAUAAGAAGUACAGUGUGAUCCACUUCACUGGUUACCUGAAGUCUUGGGCUCCCACCAAGGAUCCUCUGGAGGAAGACUCUGGAAGUGACUCGGACUCCUGUAACUUGUCUUGCUUGGUUGCAGUAGGUCGAGUUCAUCAACCACUGUUGGCUUCAAGUGUACGGGAGACCUCAAGACUGGGGAGGGCUGCACCAACUCAACCUAUUGAAUUUAUCUCCAAGCAUACAAAUGAUGGCAAGUUUGUCUUUAUAGAUCAGAGGGCAUCAUUGCUGUUGGGUUGGCUUCCUCAGGAGCUUCUUGGGUCAAGCAUGUACGAAUAUUUUCACCAGGACGACAUUCCUUUCCUUGCUGAGACUCACAGGGCCACUCUACAAAACUCUGAAAGUUGUAACACUCAGGUGUACAGGUUUCGAACAAAGGAGGGUUCCUUUGUGCGGCUGCAGAGCAAUUGGUGGACAUUCAAAAAUCCUUGGACCAAAGAGAUUGAAUACAUUAUAUCGAAGAACAGUGUUGUCACAUCGGAAGCUGGAAUGGUGGAAAGCACUAUGGCCAAUGAAUCAGUCUCCCAGUCAUAUAACAACUUCAAUGAAUUUUUGAAUUCACCCGAUGCAAGUCAUAAUCAAGAUAAUUCACCACUUGGUUGUGCUGGGUCUUCAAAUAGCAACAGUCGCCUGAUGGGUGGUGGCAUUCAAGCAAGGAAGAUUGGUCGACAGAUUGCAGAUGAAGUUUUAGAUAAUCAACGGAGGAAUGAUUCGACCUCGAAUAGUCCAGUGUCUCCAUUUGAGGGCAUAUUAGGAUCGGGGGCAUCUGACCGAUCCUUUGCGGCACUUCUUAGAUCUGAUAUGACGGCUCAUCGGACCAAUGUGAAAAACAAUGUGCUCUUAAGCAGCAAUACCAGCACAUGUUCAGGAAGUGACACCAGUCGCAGUACUGUGCCUAACAAUAACCAUCGUCGACUCUCAAGCAUGCACAACAAUCUGGCUAAUAGUGGUGAACGUGGAGGGUCAUACAACCACAACAAUAAUCACAGGCAGCCUGUAUCCAAUGAGGGUGACUUAAUGGAUGUAGUGAGUGGCAGAGACUUGGAAACUGAUGGGACAAGUGACUCAGACGAAGCAGCAAUGGCUGUCAUCAUGAGUCUCCUAGAAGCUGAUGCUGGACUUGGUGGCCCUGUUGAUUUUUCCCACCUUCCUUGGCCACUUCCUUAAGGAUAAUAAAGUGGAUCAGUACUGUAUUCCUCAUUUUGAAUAGUGGAGUAUAAAUUCACAUACUUGACUGUAUUUAUGAUCACUUAAUAGUCAGUACAGUACUAAAAUAAGAUAAUCAAGAGGUAAAUCUAGCCAAAUGAUGUUAACUUUCAAACAUUCAAAAAGCUUUCAGGCAUGAAAUUUUCCCAAGCUAUCAUACACAGUGUAGGAGAAAAUUUUGAGCCCCCCCCCCCCUUUUUUUUUACUUUUUUACUAGCACGUGAAAUACUGAAGACUAUUCAAGUGAUUUAAGAGUCAGAUGAAUACAGGCACUUGCCACAUUCCUGCACCUUAAAACCGACUCUGGAAUUAAACACCAUAAAAAAACAGUGAAGAACCACCCGGACAUACGACCGCCUCAGUCGUACCAAAAUUUUUUAAAAUUACGUAUUUUCGAGUCCCGACGUUAGUGAUUACACUGUGUACUGACA